AAACAUAUGUUUUAUCUCAAAGUUUAAACCUCAAACACACAACCAGUUUUCUUUAUUUGCCGAAAAAUUUACUUCUCCAAGAAAAUGAUUUCCUUAAAAGUAACAAAUAUUCUUCAAGGUCUUUUACAAGGACAAAAUAUUAAGUCUCGACAAUUAUGGGCAUACGUUGCAAUAGCUUUCAAUAAAGUUGAUCAUGACCGUUUGAAGCUAGUCGGCCCCGAUCGUAUGUGUGCCGAAUGGGUUCUUAAGAAUGGUGGAGCUGUGUCAUUUGUACAAGCACCCGGUAGAUUACUUCAGGAUUAUAAUGCCCUGCCAACGCCAUCAACCCGUGUACAAAUCAAAGAAAUCGAUGCAACAGAUUCGUCAAUUAUGAAAUUAGGCAUGGAACAUUUGAAAUCAUGCAAACACAUUGAUAGGGUCAUCUUGAAUCGUUGUAAACAUUUGGAAAGCGAUGGAUUGACUGGCUUAACUCAUAUUAAAGAUACAUUGAAACACUUGCAAAUAUCGUCUUGUUAUAAUAUAGACGAUCAGGGUUUGUUGGUAUUAAAAGAACUGACCCAACUUAAGAGUCUUCUGAUGUUUGAUUUAACUGCAGUCAAUGAUUUGGAGAAGGUCAUCGAAGAAAUAAAGCCACAUUUGAAAGAAUGCACUAUUAGCACAAAAGAAAGUAUAUGAUUGUGUUUAAAAGUUGAUGCAAUUUGUUCAAGGAAUUCUAGUUGGUGAAAAGCUCGAAAUAUUUUGCAAAAAGAACGAAUAUAAAUAAAGAUUUAUUACGAUUGUAAAUUUAGAUAUUUCAGUAUUCUGAGAUCUCAAGGUUCUUUUUUUUAUGAAGAAAGACAUUAUUGAUUUUAUUUCUCAGACCCAAUCAAAAGGUAUUUUUUGAGAUCUUAGAAACCUGAAAUGGCUAAAUACUUUUAAUUUAUUUUAAAUAAAGAACAUUAUAAUUACCUAUUUAGUGGAAAAAAAAUUGUUUUUUU